CACCGAUCAACAUUUCCCUCCUUUUUAUCCUUCCCACGAAUAACGGAGAACAACACGUAAUGAAAGUAAACAACAAAACCAUUGAAAUGCUGACACAAACUAGUUCUCCUCUAAUGCAUAGCACCUGUCACCAAAUAUCUUUAUUUUUUUUUUCUUCAAUUUAUUUGCAGCAUUUAUUUCUACAACUGACUUUUGUUUUUAUCAUAGCAAAACUAUUCAAAUACCAAGCCAAAUAAUUAUGGCCUCGAUCUUAUAUUUGACCUCUUAAUUUCUUGAGUUGAGCUGAGCACAGCACAUAUAGUUUUUGUCACUCUUCUCAUAACAAUAAUUUUCCAUUUUUUUCCUUAAGAGAUCACAAAGAUAAGUUAAGAAACAUGGGAAACACAGAGAGAAUUGAAAGUAUGAAGGAAUGGUUCAAAUCAUCACAAGCACUUCUUAGUAUGUUAUUAGUGCAAAUAUUUGCAACUGGGAUGCAACUUCUAUCAAGAGUCAUUUUGGUUCAAGGGACUUACAUUUUUGCACUCAUUGCUUAUCGACAUAUUGUUGCUGCUAUUUGUGUUGCUCCUUUUGCACUCUAUUUUGAAAGGGAAAAGGAGAAGAAAUUCAAUUGGAGUGUUUGGUUCUGGCUUUUCCUUAACGGAUUAAUGGGGAUGACAAUGGCUCUAGGGUUAUUCUAUUAUGGUCUUCGAGACACAACUGCUGCUUAUUCAGUCAAUUUUCUCAACUUGGUACCUAUUUGCACAUUCUUAACCUCUAUAAUAUUCAGAAUGGAGAAUUUGAAGAUUGGAACAUGGGGUGGUAGAGCCAAGUGUAUAGGAGCUAUUAUGUGUGUUGGUGGAGCAUUAGCAACGAGUCUUUACAAAGGGAAGGAAUUUUAUAUUGGUCAUCAUCAUCAUCAUCAUAGUCACCAUUCUGCUGAGAUUAGUGCUGUUGCAGCACACAAAACUCGCAUGUUUCGUGGCACUUUCUUUUUGGUUGGAGCAUGCUGUUCUUACACUGCUUGGUUUAUUCUUCAAGUAAAAUUGGUGAAGGUAUUUCCGUUGAGGUAUUGGGGAACAAUGCUAUCAUGUGUUAUGGCGGCGAUUCAGUCAGCAGUAAUAGGCGCAUGCGUAAAUCAAAGUAAAGAAGCUUGGAGAUUAGACUGGAAUCUUCAGCUUAUUACUAUACUUUACUCGGGAGCAUUGGCUACUGCUGCUACAUUUUGUUUACUAUCAUGGGCAAUUACCAUUAAAGGACCUACUUACCCUCCGAUGUUUAAUCCGUUGGCUCUUAUUUUCGUUGCCAUAUCAGAGGCUAUCAUACUUGGCGAACCGUUAAGGGUUGGAACUUUGCUAGGCAUGGUUUUGAUCAUAAUGGGAUUGUACUACUUUCUAUGGGGGAAAAGGAAUGAGGUACCACGUUUGCCUCAAACAAAUGUAGCUGCUGCAGAAUUAUCAACAAGUAUGGCUGAUCACUCUACUGUUGUAGUGCCAAGUUCUUUUCCAAAUGAAAGUGUACAUCUUCACAUUAAUAAAACUCAGAAAAUCUGAAUGCUAUUAUUACUCUGGUUAAUCAAGCUCCUGCUAGCUUCUAAGAUGAAAAUUAGUUAAUAUUGAUUUAUUGCUAUUAAUUCUCAGCUAUCAAGUAUACAUACAUAUUAA